CUCUGUUCUGCCAGAUGUAUUACUAUUUUUAAAAUAAAAUUUUGGGGAAAUCUGUUAAGGUUUAGGAAAACGUUGCAUUCUGCCAUUAAGCAGGGCAAUAGGGGAACAGAUCAGUUGGUUCCAAAGAAAUAUAAAACGUUGGACAAAUUUGCUUUAACAAAUAACUUCUUUAAAAAACAAAAAAGUAAUUCACUUGAAUUUCCCUUUAAUUAGUAGAAUGAAAUUUAAGCUGUGUCUCUAAAGAACUAUGAACACACACGGCUUGUGUGUGUCUCUGUUUUGCACUGUGAUGGAGUAGUGACCUGUCCAGGGUAACACCGGCUGGUUCUUCCCCGUGACCCUAAAAGGACAAGUGGGUAUGACAAUGGAAUGGAUUACUUCAGCAAGAAAAGGGAAAAAAAUAAUAACAUAUUGAACAAAUUCUUGCGGCUAUUUCAUUCUCAUUGCUCAUGUCAUUUGGAUGAGACACAACGCCUUUUGGCAUUUUCUAUUGUCCUUUCUGGUAUUUUAUAUUAGCUGAUUUUUUUUGUACUUCCCAUUUCUGUGCAAACAUGUAUAAUUAAUUAACAUGCAAUUUAAGAUGUGUAAAAUGAUUCCUACACCUUGUUUUUUUCCAUAUUUUAUUAAUAUUACAGCCACAAUCUGUACAGCUGGUGCAGCAAUUAUGUGGCAAUAUCAGAGGUUUGUCAGAAAACAUUAGUGAAUAAACAGCUUCACAAAGAAACCCUUCAUAUUUUUUCUCCCUUCACAUUUUCCUCCGUGCUUUGUACUGUUUCUGCAAUUCCAUUAAACAUAGUGGAGGAUGUGGUUGUAAUGUGGCAAAGUCUGGAAACAGAUGCAAGGUAUUUGUAUUGCAUGGCAACAUGCUAUAAACAAACAGUAAUUUUUGUUUGCUGCAUUUUGCUUUUCAUAUGUGAAGAAUAAAGUGUUUAUUACCAUUUUAAAAUAAUAUUUUUCCAGAUAAAUGUUCAGCAAUUGCAUCUGUUUUCAAACAAAUCCAAACGAUAUACGAUUGGCAAAUGCAGUUAUUGUUUUUGUCUUCUGUUUCUUAAAAGGAGUAAUUCGGUAAAGUAAAAAGAAAAAUCAAGUUUUACACAUGUUCUAGGUAUCAUUAGACUGUUCUACAAAAAAAGAAAAUUGAGAAUAGGUUUCGGAACGCUGCAAAUAAAUACGAAGAGAAAUGUUGAUGUGUGGUCUUUUAUUUUGAAACUCCGACUGGGGCUGAUAUUACAACAUGUUCAGAGUUGAAGCCAAAGAUCACACACAACCUGCAACACUAUGCAAGAAUGUAGACGAGCUUUACUUUAAGCAGAUCUGUCAGGAAGUUGUGACAAUGAGGUGACACUUUCAGAUGCUGGCCAUGCUGGAGUUUGCACAUAAGCUGCUGUAAAUGCAUUGGUGUGCAUAACCGUUAAAAGGGCACAAAUACCCGGAUCUCCUUGCAGAUUGUGAAGUCAUGCCGUUCCUGGAAUUUGUAGCUGGGAGCAUUUCAGGUGCAGUGGGGAUUGCAGUGGGACAUCCGUUGGACACAGUGAAGGUGCGUCUGCAAGCCAAGUCUGCGUAUAAAGGGAUAUUUGACUGUGUGGCUAAGACGUACUUGAACGAAGGAUUCCAUGGAUUCUUCAAGGGUAUGUCCUUCCCUGUUUUGACCACUGGCCUCGCCAACUCCAUUGUCUUUGGCUCCUACAGUAACGCUUUAGAUUACCUCUCUCAGUCUGAUCGUCGUCUCGCCAGGCACUGCAGACAAGUGUCUUCACUGCAAGUCUUUGCUGCGGGUUGCUUUUCAGGCAUCGUGCAGGUGCUGGUUUGUGCCCCGAUUGAUCUGGUGAAGGUGCGCCUGCAGGGUCAAACAACGGCCGAGCGGUACCGUGGACCCGUACACUGUGUGGCAGUCAUACUCCAGCAGGAGGGGGUCAGGGGUCUCUACAGAGGAGUGGUGGCUCUGGCUCUGAGGGACGUACCGUGCUAUGGACUCUAUUUCCUGCCUUAUGAGCUCACUCGUAAGGCCCUGACUGAGACUGGAGAAGAGCCAGGUACCUUUGCCAUAAUGAUGGCGGGGGGCGUGGCAGGCGUGGUGACCUGGGCGUGUGCCACGCCCAUGGACGUUGUGAAAGCUCGGCUCCAGAUGUCUGGAGCCGGUGGUCAGCAGUACAGCGGGGUCCUGCACUGCAUAAGGGUGAGCCUGAAGGAGGAAGGAGUCAGAGUCUUCUUCAAAGGCCUCCUACUGAACAGCGUCAGGGCGUUCCCCGUCAACGCUGUGACCUUCCUGACCUACGAGAGCCUGCUGAAGAGCUUCUGUCCACCAGGCAAAUAACAAAACUGUUUUCAGUAAACGAACGCCAAAGGACGCGAGAAACUUAACUGAUAACUCUGAUAUCUGAUAUCUCUGUUUGCAAAUUUCUUUGCAAAAAGAGAUUUUCGAAUCUCUUUUUGUUGUACGCAGAUCAAGGCUAAAACAGCCAAAGUUUGUCCCCAUGUGAGAUAAUGUAUGCUCUGAUAAACGAUACACAAAGCUAAGCGGCUUAGCUAUCCUUCAAUACCUCAGUAACACAACAGAGAAUCCAAUAUUUUUAUUGUACAAACUUUUCCAUGUUGCAGAUGUGCAAAUACGCUUACUUUCAACAUCAAAACCUGUUAUUACCUAACACUUAGGUUAAAUCAUUAAGAACAAUAAAUUAAACACCGAGUCCAGUCAUGUCUGUAAAGUAUCUGUGAUGAUUACGCCCCUGAUUUGUACAGUGCACAUACUUUGGGAUGAAGGGUGUCAUUUUUAGUUUUGCUACUUUUGCUGUGACGGCUUCGUUUGACUUUUUAUUAAUACUUAAUUUCUUCAUGUUUAGAACCAUAUAAAAUGUCUUUUAGAUUCACAUACAUGAAUUAUUUGGCUUUUCCAAGUCCUUUGGUAGCUACAAAUGUGAACCUUUAAUUAUGUUGUAACCACACAUCUACCUCAAAGAUGCUACAGGUCUCCACUCUUCUUGCAGAUUUUGAUGAUCUGUUAGGCCAGUCCUAAUCCCAGAACUGCUGAAAUGUUUUGAAUUAUUCUGCUGGUUUGCUUAUGGUAAAUGCAGUCAGUGUUAUCUGACCCUGAAGGUUUUAUUACAAGUUGUCAAGAUCCGAAUUUAUGUCUUAAACUAGUUUUGGACUUUCAAAGCCGAUUAGAUUUGCCUUGUAACAGGUCAUCAAUGUGAAACGUGUUUUUUCUGCACACAUCUUUCAAAUACACUUUAUGCUGUAUGUACUGAGAUUCUCCAAAAUAAUGAAGAACUGUAUUAAAAGGGUCACUUUUGUUAAGAGUGGGUUUUUUUUCUUUGAAAAUAUCAGAGAAUUCUUUUGGUGUGUCGUGCAUAUAUGUGUUCAGAUAAUAUGUGAGGCAGCAUUUUUACUUAUUAAAGUCUGUUUUGGUAUGUUUGUAAACUCUUACCAUAGUUCUAUAGAUUUGAAAUAAAGAUUAAGUUACUCAGGUCAUAUAAUCAAUCAUAGAGCACAAAAUAUGAUUCUGUGCUCCCAUUUCUACAGCGUGCAAUCACAAGCCAACAUUUUUACCGGCAGUGUGUAUGAAUAACUUCUAAAGCAGCGGUCUGCAACCUGCGGCUCCGGAUCCACAUCUCACUCUUUGGACCUUCAACAACGGCUCUUAAAAACUGCCUAGAAAUGCUAAACAACUUGAAUUUUAAAAAUACAUAUAACAAAAGUAAGUUUUUAUUGUGUGCAUUUUAUUUCAUGGAAUAAUUGUAUUUAAUUCCCAUGACAGAAUGACAAUUUUUUAAAAUUAUUAUUAUGCUCGAAACUUUGUGCAACUAUCAACAUCCCAAGCAAGAAAAUGUAGUCAUUAUCCUUUUGAAAAGGUUUGCUUUUCUUUGUGUUAAAACCUAAAAUAGGAGUAGAGUUGUUGCUCUUUAAAAAUAACAGAUUUUCUGUAGCAGAUAUUUGUCAAAAACAGUCUUUUUUUCCCCAUAAGGUCAGGUAAUAUUUGUGGCUCUAAACCCGUUUUAUUUACCUCGACUGAGGGCAGAAAAUGGCUCCUUGGAUUGUUAAAGACGGCCAGAACUUGCAAACCAAAUGAAUGACUUAGACAACCUGCUGCAGGCAGGAAAACUUUAAUUUUUCUGUAGUGAACAGCAUAUCGAUAAACUCUCACAGAUAGAUUUACAUCCUUAGUUUGGAAAACCUCAGACAUACAGCUUAUGGUUGGUUGUUUUCACCUUCUUUAUUUAAAACAGAUUUAAGUUAGAAGAUACCAAAAACAUCCACGUCUGUUUAUGUGCACAAACUUGCAAACGGUCAAACCGCAACAAAAAGCAGCAACGUGAAGCGAAGUUUAUGUUCGAUUCAUUCAGCUCUAGCUGUAAAUCUGAUCACAAAGGAAAAGAUAAAGCCGCACCUUUUGGCACAAAACUUCAUGAAAGAGUAGAAGAAUAAUAGAGAUGAUGACUGAUAACCGGUGAGCCAUAAGACCGUUUGCUGUUUACACAAACUCCAGCCAACAUGACUGGUCACAAAGUCCUUUUUUUUUUUU